AUGAACAGGUACAGCGAGGCAACGCUUCAGGAAUACCCCGAGCCCGAGAAGGGUCCUGUUGCUGAGCCAGCUCCCGCAUCGCCUCGAAUUGAUCCCUCUUUGAAAAGGAGUCUUGACCAGCACGAACACUCCGAUUCUGUGGAUGGUGGGGUGCGAGCGUGGUUGACUGUAUUGGGCGGUUUCAUCGCGCUUUUCUGCUCUUUCGGACAGCUGAACGCGUUUGGCACGUUUCAGGCGUGGUACGCCACGCACCAACUGAGCCAUCUUCAUCCAUCUACUAUCUCUUGGAUAGGAUCUCUACAACUUUGGGUGUUCUUUUUCUCCGGAACAUUUGUAGGACACGCAUUCGACAAACACGGCCCACGUCCUGUCCUCAUCGUGGGCUCGAUCGUCCUUGUCUUCAGCAUCAUGAUGACUAGUCUAUCCACGCAAUAUUAUCAGUACAUGCUAGGUCAGGGUAUUCUGCUUAGCUUGGGAGUAGGCAUGAUGUUUUAUGUAUCCUUAGCAUCCAUUGCGACCCAUUUUACAAAAUAUCGAGCGACUGCGAUAGGAGUUGCUUCUGCCGGCUCAGGUGUCGGCGGCACAGUCUUCCCAAUCAUCCUUCCCCGUCUCUUCCAUUCUCUUGGAUUCGCAUGGACAGUGCGGGUCAUAGGAUUCAUCACGCUCGCCUGCUGUGUCCUUUCACUUCUACUCAUCACACGUCGAGCGCCCGAUCCACGGCCUUUUCGCACGUCUGAUAGUUGGCUCGACUAUCCUGCUCUCCGAGACAUACGAUUUGUGUUGCUCGCCGUAGGCUCAGCGCUUGUCUGUUUUGGUCUUUUUAUUCCAUACUUCUACAUAUCAUCUUACGCUGAAUCGUUCUCCGAUGACCUCGGCCCUGCCGUCAACCGCGCCUCACCUCCCCACGCAUCCAUCUCGACUCCACUGGCCGUUCUAAAUGCCGCUUCUGUUCUCGGACGCACCAUCCCCCCUCUCAUCGCCGAUAUUCUAGGGCCGUACAAUACACUUUUCCCUUGCGCGUUUCUCUCCGGCCUCUUCUGCUUCGUCCUCUGGCUUCCAGCGCAGCAGGGCGCAGGGUUUCAGCCACUAGUGAUUGCGUUCACUGUGUUGUAUGGCUUUUUCAGCGGAGGCGUCAUCGCCGUCGUACCCCCGUGUGUUGCGCGAAUAUCGGACGUGACUCUCAUCGGCACAAGAAUGGGGAUGUUGUACACCGUGAUAUCUAUUCCCUCUCUACUAGGCGGCCCUGCUGCUGGCGCGCUUCUUGCACACGAUCACGGCUCAUAUGCCGACAUGAUCGUGGUGGCGGGCUCUGCGAUGGUCGCCGGCUCUUUGUUCAUCUUGGGCUCUCGUUUCACUGUCAACAGGCAACUAUGGGAGAAGGUGUAG